AUGUUUUCAGCGGUUUCACUGGUGCUUUCGAGGUCUGAUGGCUGGUGGAAGAAGGACGGAAGUGAGAGAUACGCUGGUUCUUACGGUAUACUCCCUUCGCCCCGAAGAGUAAAGCGGAACCGGCCGGCACCUCCGUCAGUGCGCAUUCCGCAGCUUUCGGAGGCGGCCUUCAGCGCUGGUUCUUUUCCUGUUUUUCCGCACUGUUUCGCUGAUGAGGCCACACCUACAGUAAAACAGUUCUUAUCUAGACUGGCCUGUAGAUCGAAGCAGUUUUUGCACGAAUUCCUUGUUGUCCGGCUCCGCCUGCGCACCCGUCCCUACACCAAGGAUGUUCCUACACGAGUAAAAAAUGUACAAAGAAGCCGGCCAGGCAGCUUUUCCAAGUCGCUGGCGCGGCUCUCGCUCGUGUUGUGCGCGCGUUCGUUCAUUGCCAAUGAGAGGCGGACAACUACCGUUGUACCGAUCGAAACCAUGGCGACCGACGUCGGCGAGAUGCCGCAGCGCCCCACCCGGAGGACGCACCUGAUUGACACGGUGUUUCCCGCCGUCAGUGCUGCUUCGCUGGCAGCCGGCGCGAACCAUGUGUACUCCACCAAUGCUGUCGGCACGUCGGCUUCACACACACUGCAGACGCGUACGGUACAGGAAAAGCGGAAGCGCGGCGUUCUUCUGUGUCGCCUCACCUCGUUCACGCGGCGCCGGGCGCCGCACGGGCGAGUCUUUGCAUCAUUUUCAAGCAUUCGUCACAAAAAUCCCCCAGUGCAGUCAGUUGACAGCAUUAUUCUGCCCCACAACAACGUUGUUGACGCCGACCACAUCGCUGGGUCGCGAACGAACUGGUGCACGCCUACAUGCACAUAG